AUGGCUACAACAACUCUAGAAUCAGGUGGGGUGCGUGUGGCCAUCGAGGGAUGCGGACAUGGUACGCUCAACGCCAUCUACGCCGCCGUUGAGCGGUCCUGCCAGGAGCGAAAGUGGGAUGCCGUCGAUCUCCUCAUCAUCGGUGGUGAUUUCCAGUCGGUCCGCAACGCGCAAGACCUGUCCGUCAUGGCGUGCCCUGUCAAGUACCGAGAGCUCGGUGACUUUCCCGACUACUAUUCCGGCGUUCGCAAGGCGCCCUAUGUCACCAUCUUCAUUGGUGGAAACCACGAGGCAAGCUCUCAUCUCUGGGAGCUCUACUACGGCGGCUGGGUGGCGCCCAACAUUUACUACAUGGGCGCCGCCAACGUUGUGCGAUUCGGGCCCCUGCGCAUCGCCGGCAUGUCUGGCAUAUGGAAGGGCUUUGACUAUAGAAAACCUCAUUUUGAACGCCUCCCAUUCAAUGACAAUGAUGUGCGGUCAUUUUACCACGUGCGAGAAAUUGAUAUUCGCAAGCUGCUGCUGCUGCGCACCCAGAUUGACAUUGGCCUGAGUCAUGACUGGCCCAGAGGUAUUGAGCGGCAUGGCAACUCGGAGCGUCUCUUUAAACAGAAGCGAGAUUUUCGUCAGGAGUCCAUUGAUGGCACGCUGGGGAAUGUGGCUGCAGAAUAUGUUCUCAACCGCCUCCGCCCACCAUACUGGUUUUCUGCCCACUUGCAUGUCAAGUUUGCCGCUUUGAAAAGUUUCGGCGCGCAACCGGAAGUUGAUGCGAACCAGGCAGAACAUACGACAGAGGACACAGUAGCAGAACCGCCUCAAGAUGCUAAUCCGGACGAAAUCGACUUGGAUCUUGAUAAUGAUGACGACGAUGUCGCCGUUCUCCCCACCAAUGGAGCAGUGGCAGUAGAGGGCCAGGACAGCUCCAAGGAGGAGCAAACAGAAACAAACAAAGUUUCCGACGAGUUAUUAGCUCAGCUGCCAGCUUCCUUCGCAAAACCACCACCGCGGCCCAAAAGCACUCCUGGACAACCUGUUCCGCCAGGCAUCACGAAUACCGACGUUCGCUUCCUUGCGCUUGAUAAAUGUCUGCCUGGUCGACGGUUCUUGCAACUAUGUGAAAUACACCCAUUUAAUAAGGAGGAGUCUUUUCGAUAUCCGGCAAAUGAAUCGAAACCUCGCUACAGUCUAGAAUAUGACCCAGAAUGGCUCGCCAUCACUCGAGUAUUUCACAACGGACUUGUCAUUGGCGACCCGGCAUCCCAAGUGCCUCCGGACUUGGGCGAAGAGGAAUAUAUUCCCCUCAUUGACAAAGAAAGAGAAUGGGUAGAAGAAAAUAUUGUCAAGGCUGGUAAGCUCGCAGUUCCUGAGAACUUUCUUCAGACGGCGACACCGUACGAGAAGGGUACUCCCGCAAUCGUGCAAGAUCAGCCUGAAGAAUAUACCAACCCGCAGACGGCAGAGUUCUGUAAGCUUCUAGGCAUGGCCAACCUGUGGGAUUCUAGCGAGCAGGAUAGAGAAGAGCGGAGAAGUCGUGGACCUGCUCCCGUUGACGGGGGUGGCAGAGGCCGAGGACGUGGUGGUGGGCGUGGCAGAGGUGGUCGUGGUGGAAGAGGUGGUGGGAGAGGCCGUGGAUUCCGCGGAAGAUGA